UUUUUUUGCAGUUCUCUAUCAUUAGAGGUGUAAUUGCGACAACUUCCGGUCUACGUUUUCGUCUGAAUUUUUUUACUUCUGAAUUUUAAGAUAAUGAACAAAUGAGAAAGAAAAUGAUAUUUAAGUUUGGGGUGACAGUGGUUAUUCUGAUUGCUGUGUAUCUAUACUAUGUCCAUGAUGUCACUCAAGAUGGAAAUAUCAGUUUGCAGAAGGAGGAAGAAGAUAUUGACCUAAAUCAUGAACCUGAAAAACUGGAUGGCCAAGAUGAUCAACUUGGGGAACCAGAUGAAAAAGAUACUGAUAGACCAAUACAUUCCAGUCAUUGGAAGAAUGGUAUACACUUGUCUGUGGUGGCAUGUGGGGAUCGAGGAGACGAAACUAUUGUUUUGUUGAAAUCAGCCGUGUUGUUCACCUCAGAACCACUUGUCUUUCAUAUAUAUGCUGAACAUGAACUUCAUCCUAUGUUCAAUCAAAAGUUGGAUUACUGGCCAGCGGAAUACAAACGUAAAUUUUUGUAUUAUUUGUACAAUAUAACAUUCCCUACUGACAACACACAAGAAUGGAAGAAAUUGUUUAAACCAUGUGCAUCACAAAGACUUUUUAUACCUUCAUUGUUAACAGACGUGGAUAGUUUGUUAUACAUUGAUACAGAUAUAUUAUUUUUACGACCUCUGGAGGAGAUAUGGAUGUUUUUUGGUAAAUUUAACAGUACGCAGUUAGCUGCCCUUGCUCCUGAACAUGAAGAUAAAGCUGCUGGCUGGUAUAAUAGAUUUGCUAGACAUCCUUACUAUGGAAAACUAGGUGUUAAUUCUGGAGUGAUGCUUAUGAAUCUAACUAGAAUUAGGCAAUCUACAUGGUUAGACUCCUUGAUGAAGUAUUAUAAAGAAUACAAACUAAAAAUAACAUGGGGAGAUCAGGAUCUCAUCAAUAUUUAUUUUCAUUUUCAUCCAGAUAAGUUAUAUCUUUAUCGAUGCGAAUGGAAUUACCGUCCAGAUCAUUGUAUGUAUAUGAGUGUAUGUAAAGAUAUAGAUUUAAAUGGUGUGUCAGUUUUACACGGCAAUAGACGUGUCAUGCAGAACGACAAACAACCAGCUUUCAAAGCAGUUUACACAGCAUUUAAAGAGCACAACUUUUCAUCAAGCAUAGAUGAGGAUUUACUGAAAAAUUUGAAGAAACUUUUAUCAAAAACAUCAAAUACACCGUGUGGACAAAUUGGACCAUUAGCUUAUACAAAACACAUAGAGGAGUUUGUGUUGUUAGAGAAAAACUUGUUGAGCUAAUAUAAAAUGUCCUAUUAUUGUAAUGUGCCAUUCCUUGUGGACAGAUGGACCAUUAGCUUAUGCAUA